AUGCGGCAAAGGCAAGAAGCCAUUCAACGUACAGGGCAACAGGUGAAAUUGUCAAGAGCGCCGACUUUUGCAGUUUGUGGUGGAAAUUACGCUGGGGCUCAGAGUGGCAAUCUGAGCACGCCGAACUAUCCGUUGAAUUACCCAGACAGUUCCAAUUGCGUCUGGAUAAUACACUGUCCGUAUUAUCAUUACGUGACUGUAUCAUUACCUAAAGUAAGCAUCGAAUUCGACAAAACCUGUGCAUUUGAUUACCUCGUAUUUUUCGAUGGACCGUCAACCGAUGGCAGUACACUCAACCCACAAAAGUCGGGUGUAGAUCUGACAAAACCUAGAGUAUGCGGAGAAGGGUCUGAUUUGCACUGGAAAUCAAGUGGACACAGUAUUACUGCAAAAUUCGUUAGUGAUGAUAGCACGAGUGCAAAGGGGUUUUCUGGCACCUGGAGUUGUGUUCCCAAGAGCUUGCCUCCAACAACAGUCAACACAAAGAAGCACACAACCUCUUCAUCGCAAUCGCACGUGAUCAAAACCUCAAUGCACACCAAGCAAGUGUCCCAAAAGAACACCUUGACUGAGGCAACUUCGCACAAAUCGAAUUCAAUCUCAACCGUUCGUGGAACUGGAGAACACACAGUGACGAAAAAUCGCGUGAAGUCAAAGCAAAUAGACACUACCUACGUCAUCACGGUUGCUCCAACUGCAAAACCGGCCUACCAACAUAUUUAUUGCUACCAUGAUCUUUACAAGAGCAUUGAGUGGCGGAAAACCAGAGCAGGGACAACUUCCAAGCAGUUUUGCCCUUCUGGGAGCACAGGAUUUGCCACAAGGCAGUGCUUGCUUGUGAGCAGCUCAAGGGCCGUUUGGUCAAACUUCAUAGACACAUCCGCAUGCAUUUCUGUCUGGGUGAAUCUGAUCGAAUCAGAGGUUCAAAAUCCUAGCAUUGAGGCUGCUGCAAGCACCGGCGAAAUCUUGUCAAAAGCAUCCAGUAAAAGCCUCUACGGAGGAGACCUUAUCAAGAUAAGUAACCAGCUGAAAGACUUGGCCAAAAAAGCGUUUACCCUUGAUCUUAAAAAUCCGCAGAUUGACCAAGCCUCUAAGCUGAAUCAAGAAUUCAUGGGCAUUGGGAAUAAUCUACUGGACAGCAAUGCUUGGAAUGGUUUAAACCAGAAGCGCCGAUCGAGGACUGCGUCGGACCUUCUGAAAAAUCUUGAGGAUGCUGCUUUGGCUAUAAUCAAAGCUCUCGGCCAAAGCCAUCAAAAUUUCAAGCGCCCCCUGGACGCAAUAACACCCAAUAUUGUGUCAACUUCAUCAGUAAUCGAUGUUGAUGGCGAUGGAGAAGUUAGUCUUAUUUCAGAGGAUCUGAAGAGGAAUGCCUCAUUAGCAAACAAAGACUGGAAGUCUAUUGGUCAAGUUGAAAUACCGCGAUCAACGAUUAGGGAUGUUGCAGUUCGUGAACACCUUUGUCACUGGGCUCGCCCUUUCUCCAAAGCCAAAACGGCCGUUUCCUGCCCCUGUUACUAUAGUGACAAAAUCAUUGACCGAGAUAAAUCCAAAGAAAUCGGAGGCUGCGUGUUCAUACUGGAACAGCAAUUCCAGCGCCCUUACUUGGUCACAGACGGGUGUCACGACGGUAAAGGUCACUGUCAAAGAAACAAUAUGCCAAACAAACCAUUUUACAAAUUCGCAGUGUUAAUGAAAACAGGGACUGGUGACUAUGGGUCUCGGCAUCGGUUCGCAUUGAUGAUCAUUACCCAAGUCGGUAUUGGAAUCAGCCUGCUCUGUUUGAUACUCGCCUUCAGCAUCUUCGUUAACUGCAAGUCGUUGACAUCAGUUAGAAAUACGAUUCACAAGAAUUUGUGCGUGGCACUGUCGUUUGCUUACGUCGUUUUCGUGGUUGGAAUUUCAAGAACCGAAAACAAGAUCGUUUGUACUGUGUUUGCCACGCUGCUCUACUACUUCCUACUUGUCGCAUUCCUCUGGAUGUUGAUGGAGGGCAUCCAGCUUUAUAUUCUGCUUGUGCAAAUAUUUCCAAGAGGAGAGGGCUUCAAAAAGCAAUAUUAUGUUGUCUGUUGGGGUUUUCCAGCCGUCCUUUCAGUCGUUCUUUGUGGCUCACAUCCCCACGGAUUUGGGAAUGAUAAUUUCUGCUGGUUGUCGGCCAAGGACAAUUUUAUCUGGGCAUUUGUCGUCCCAGUUCUCAUCGUUAUUGCGGUGAACAGUGUUUUCCUGUUCAUGACCUUCAAAACAAUAAUAAGGAAUUCGUCAAUUGUUACCAGAGAGCAAGAAAUGCGACGAACCAUCGACAAAAUUGGAUACUGGGCCAAAGGAUCAAUCGGUCUCGUUCCUCUACUUGGUGUUACUUGGUUAUUUGGCGUAUUGUACAUCAACGACGACACUGUCAUAAUGGCCUAUUUAUUCACGUUUUUCAACGCUUUCCAGGGGGUGUACAUCUUUCUCUUCUACUGUGUUCUUAAUGACAAGGUUAAGGAAGAUUUUCGACGACGAUUUUGUGCAAUAUCGAGAUCAAGCUCACACUCCUUCACAAGUUCUUCUAAAAAGGCUCCUCGAAACUCAGCACCCUUGUCAUUGUCGGCUAUCAAUUUUCCAUGGAAUCAGAGACGGGGUACUCAGACGGCCAAAGAUGUCAUUGUUGUCCACGAUCCAACGAUUGUUCGCAACGGCACCAGCAGCACUGGAACAUCCACAAAUGUGAAUGGGACAUUUUCGAAACGAUACCAGGAUAUAAUUCGAGAGGAUGCGACCGUGCCCGACGAUGAAGGGGCGGCCCUCCAAGGCUUUACAAUUGGAAACGGAAACGAGCACAUUGAGUAUCGCCUUAGCCUGCACAGCGCCGACUCAAGAGACUCAGGGUCAGAUCUGAUGUCACCCGAAGUGACUCGCUUAACAGGACCCCCUUGUGGAUCAAAUUGCCAUAUAUCACAAAAUAGUAUUAACAAAGCACCUCUCGAUGGCGAAGAUGAUGAUAAUGAUGACGAAGAGGAUGACAUCGAAGAGGACGAUAAUUUACAGGCCUGUCCUGAUGCUGAAGAUCAGGAGGGAUCGCUUGAGAUGUCGAGAGAUGCCGCGGAUGAAUUCGAAGAACGUGUUAUGCGAGCUAUUGAACGGAAUAUUCGACAGACCAUAUCUGAGAACGAUGUCGGAAUAGAUAUUUACGAUAAUGAAACUGUGUUGGUAUAGCACUCAGCUAGCAGUUGGGUUCAGCAUAGUAGUUUUGGCGUUCCGCUAAUUGUGUGGAAAUCCUUUCGGCAGAUUCUCCUCGAGCGACCCAGAGAACGGGACCUUGGAGUAACAAUUUUAUCAAAUGCACCGAGGCAAAGUAAGGUGCGACGUGCCGUGCAUGCAGUCAUGGAGAAGGCAAUACGACCGAGUUAAGGUGAAAGUUGUCUUGAGAAAAUGAGAACAAUGUUGAAUUGGAUUAUUCACUCUUAACAGACCGAAGUCUCUGCUUGAGCGAGUCGUUGAUAUUGUCGCAACAUUGUCUGUGAUUACUCGAAGUGGCAGGUGUAAUUCUCAGAAACCGUUUUACAGCUGUUAACUAAAUUCAUUUUCAUAAUUUAAGCUCAAAUAUUUGUGCAGUUUGUUUAACAUAGAUGCAUUUGUUUUUAGGGAAUUUUCCAUUAGCCAUACGCGCGUCUAGACCGUUCAGUCAUGGCAUAUGGCGUAUGGAGUAUUUCAAGUUGGAAUGAGCUUCAGUUUGUUGCUCGUUUAUCGAUGUAGCUGCUUUCCUUGCCCCCAUUGCGAUGUAACCAACGGUCAUAAUAAGUCAUUAUCGAUUCUGAACUGUUCUUGUUGCAAUAUAAACUUAAGAUUUAGAAAAGGAAAUUUCCCUUAGCUUUGUAGAAGUCCUUCGCCCGUCUUCCCAACGCUCGGCUUCUUCAUCUCCUUACUCUGUGAAAGCAAGCGUGUGUGUACUGAAUUAAGCUUGUUCAGAAUUGGCAUUUUCGUUGAUAUAGUUGCUCACCUUGGUGUUCUUGGUCCAGAGACUCACCCAUUCCUUUUGCAGGCUUCCAUAACGAUAGAUGAUCUAACUGAUGUGGCAGAUAAUCUUCGGACAUGAAUAAAACCUGGGCGUAUGCCUGUGACAGUUCAUCUCAACUUGAGCGUAAAUGUGAAGGUACCAUCGCAUGGACCUUCUGCUUUCCAAAUUGUAGAACUUAGUUUGAAAUGAUCGACUCCGUAGGUUGCAUUAGAUUAUCUAAUUAAGUAGGUACACGUUUUUAAUGCAUUUUGCGUUCAAUAGUUUUUACUUUAACAAUUUCAAAUUCAGAUCAUUUGUAUAUUAUAUGUUGUGCUCGGCUGUUGUAAACAGCGAAAUUCCCCGCUGAAAUGUGUUGUAAUAAUGUAAAAAUUUAGUUAGUUUUAAACGGGAAUGUGCAAAUUGCCAUGCAUAUUACUCUCAAGUUCAAAA